GCGUGGCAAUGGUAAACAAAUAUGGCGGAAGUGUUGAGUGUUUCUUUCGAUGUUUCUCUGAGGUUUUCAGUGAUUUUCUCUCUUUAAACCACAGAGUAUUUUUAGCUGGAUGUUUCCGGGGGCUGGUCUCGUUGUGAGGCGGUAGAAUGAGCGGCUGGGCGGGUUUUUCUGAAGCGGAGCUGCGGAGAAUCCAGCAGAAAGACUCCGCUGGCCCUUCUGCCGCUCCCCGCGGUAGGAAGCCUCCGACAUCCAGCCGGAACCGGCAACAGAUGCAGCGGGAGAGAGCGCUUCAGUUAGCCGGCUCACAGACCCUCCCGCCGGGGCAACAGCUCAGCACACCACCGCUGACAAUGGAAAGUCAGCCUCCUGACCAGACAGGAGCUGCUGCUGCCGGACAGGACAAGCAGCAGAAACCCGCUAACAUGAAGCAGAAUAAGGAACAUCUCCCGACAGCAGAGGAGGGGAAAAAGGAGGAGGUUCCUGUGGUGAAAGAGCUGGAGAAGCAGGAGGUGGAGAUGAGAGAAAAGACGCGUCUGGAGCAGCUGCAGCAGGAGCAGAAAGUCAUCGAGGAGAGAAACAAGCUGACCAAAGCUCUUCUGGCUAAAACAAUCGCUGAGAAGUCCAAACAGACCCAAGCCGAGGCGGUGAAGCUGAGGCGGAUCCAGAAGGAGCUGCAGGCGCUCGACGACAUGGUGUCCAGCGACAUCGGCAUCCUGCGGGGCCGGAUAGAGCAGGCCAGCUGGGACUACAGCGCCGCCAGGAAGCGUUAUGAGAAGGCCGAGGCCGAGUACGUGGCGGCCAAGCUGGACCUGCACAGGAAGACGGACGUGAAGGAGCAGCUGACCGAGCAUCUGUACGCCAUCAUCCAGCAAAACGAGCUGCGCAAAGCCUGCAAGCUGCAGCAGCUGAUGCAGGAGCUGCAGCUGCAGGAGGAGCUGCAGCAGCAGCGGGAGGAGGAGCAGAGCCAAGCCGCCGCCGCCACCGCAGAGCCUCAGAGGAACGGCAGCGGUGAGGCGGCAGCGCCAUCAGCCCCCGGCGGCACCAAGGCGCUCCAGCAGGAGGCGCUGGACCAACUGAAUACAGAACCAGACUGUAAACGGUCAGAAAACUGUGACGUGGCUCGACCUUUGACCUCCUGACGCUCCGAGCAGAGGAUCUUCAUCUCACUGAUGUCUUCCUCAUGUGGCUCCAUGACCAGAACCAGCUGAAGUUCUGACCAGAACCGGGUUGACCUCCGCUGCAGCGCCCCCUCCAGGCAGGGCAGGUUUACCUGGAGGACUGCAGGUGUUUCAGGAAGUCACUGGUUUAAAGGAAACUUCUGGAUAUUUUCUGCUUGGAGUCACUUUAUAUCCACUGCAAAAACAUAAACUGACCAAGUUUUUCUAGUUCAGAUGUUUUAGUUUAUCUGAAAUAAAAUAAAACCAACAAGUAACAGUUCAGCUACAAAUAUAAGUUAAAGUUGAUAAUUUCUUAAUAUUGGUGAAAAAGUUCUGGUUCCACUGAUGGAUUAUUUCACUUAUUGGAUGGAAAAAAGUCUC